UGCCGUGCCGUCCCCUCCCACGCCCCAGCGCGCUGUGUUGGGAUAGUGGCAGUAUAAAGUAUAUCUUCCAUUCGAGACAGAUAAGAAGCGCCAGGCUAGAGGGGAUGAAGAUGGCGGACGCCAAGCAGAAAAGGAACGAACAGUUGAAGCGCUGGAUAGGCUCGGAGACGGACCUUGAGCCGCCCGUCCUGAAGAAGAAGAAGACGAAGGUGAAGUUCGACGAUGGCGCCGUGUUUCUGGCCGCCUGCUCGAGCGGCGAUACGGAGGAGGUGCUGCGAAUGCUCGACCGCGGCGCGGACAUCAACUACGCUAAUGUGGACGGACUCACCGCUCUGCACCAGGCCUGCAUAGAUGAUAAUGUAGACAUGGUGACCUUCCUUGUGGAGCAUGGGGCCUGUAUCAACCAGCCCGACAACGAGGGCUGGAUCCCCCUUCACGCCGCUGCCUCCUGCGGAUACCUCGACAUCGCUGAGUAUCUUAUCAGUCAAGGUGCAAAUGUCGGUGUAGUAAACAGCGAGGGAGAAACACCAUUGGAUAUCGCAGAGGAGGAGGCCAUGGAGGAGCUUUUGCAAAAUGAGAUCAACCGGCAAGGCGUGGAUAUCGAGGCGGCCAGGAAAGAGGAGGAGCGGAUCAUGCUAAGGGAUGCGCGACAGUGGCUUAACAGCGGCCUGAUCAACGACGUCCGGCACGCCAAGUCUGGGGGGACCGCACUGCAUGUCGCUGCAGCCAAGGGAUACGCUGAGGUUUUAAAGCUUUUAAUCCAAGCAGGGUAUGAUGUAAAUAUUAAAGACUACGAUGGCUGGACUCCGCUCCACGCUGCUGCACACUGGGGCAAAGAAGAGGCAUGCCGGAUACUUGUAGAACAUUUGUGUGAUAUGGACGUCAUCAAUAAAGUGGGUCAGACGGCGUUUGACGUAGCUGAUGAAGAUGUCUUGGGAUAUUUAGAAGAGCUGCAAAAGAAACAGAAUCUGCUUCUGAGUGAAAAGAAGGAUGUUAAGAAGUCUCCUUUAAUAGAAACUACGACUACUGGGGACAAUAAUCAAUCUGUGAAACAACUGAAGAGUAAAGAAACGGUUCUACUGGAGCCAGAGAAGACUGCCCCAAGAAUCGAGACUCUGGAGCCAGAGAAGGUGGAUGAAGAAGAGGGGGAGGGGAAGAAGGACGAGUCUAGCUGCUCUAGUGAGGAAGAGGAGGAGGAAGACUCGGAGUCUGAGAACGAAGCAGACAAGACCAAGUCUUCUAUUCCAUCAAGCAUUUCCAACAGUACACCUGCACCUGCGCCUACUAGUAUCACCGUCACGUCGCCGACUACCCCAAGCAACCAGGUGACCACCCCAACCUCACCUACCAAAAAGUCUGAUAACAUUACUGCCCUUGUGUCUGGGGGGGAGCCAGGCUGUCCUGCGUUGUGGCGUCAAGGCUUGCGCAAAACUGGCAUUGCGCUUGUGCCCAAAAAAGCGAUGGUGAGCACACCUACAGGGAAGGUGUCCCCUAAAGAGGAAGAGAGGAAGGAUGAGUCUCCUGCAUCAUGGCGUCUGGGCCUGCGGAAAACCGGCAGUUACGGAGCACUGGCAGAAAUCAGCACAACUAAAGAGGCACAAAAAGAGAAGGACACAGCUGGGGUGAUGCGCUCGGCCUCUUCUCCUCGCCUCUCAUCCUCACUGGACAAUAAGGACAAGGAAAAGGAAAAGGAGAAGACACGCCUGGCGUAUGUUGCUCCAUCCAUCCCGAGGAGACACGUUAGCACAUCAGACAUUGACGAAAAGGAAAACAGGGAUUCGGCUGCUAGUCUGGUACGUAGCGGCUCAUACACCAGGAGACGCUGGGAUGAAGACCUGAAGAACAACGACGGAACGGCCUCACAAAACAGAACCUCCAGCUAUCAGCGCAGUACGUCUCACACGCUAGCGUUAGGCCGCACGUCUAGCUCUCGCGACCUGCCCGCCAAAUCCUCCUCUGCCUCCAGCCUGGAACCUAACAACUCUAAAGCCUGGCAGCAGCCUUCCUCCUACCACCAGUCUUACAGCAUUCACCGCAGCGGCUCGUUUGGAAGGAGGCAAGAUGAUGCUUUAAGUUCCACUUCUUCUGCCACUUCCACAACAACGACCUCCUCCGUUACCUCACCCACAGGACACCGCAGCCUGCUGUCUAGGUAUUGGGCCGAGGAGAACGCGGACAAGGAAAAAGAGAAGGAGAAGGAGUCGGCCGCGGUCAUCCCCACAAUCAACACUGCAGCCACCACCACUACCACCUCCACUACUGGAACUAUACUAGGCUCUGACGGACGAGAGAGACGCAGAUCAUACCUCACCCCUGUGCGUGAUGAAGAGUCUGAGUCUCAGAGGAAAGCCAGAUCCAGACAGGCACGGCAGUCCAGGAGGUCCACACAGGGUGUGACCUUGACUGAUCUCCAGGAGGCGGAGAAGACCAUCGGUCGCAGUCGCCCCAUAAGGCCUCGAGAAGAUGAGAAAGAAGAGAAGGAAAAACAAGACAAGGAGAAACAGGAAGAGAAGAAAGAGACCGAGACCAAGGAGGAUGACUAUAGGUCACGCUACCGUAGCUUUGAGGAGAAGUACCGGAGCACCUUGGCCUCGACCACCACGGCCUCUUCCACUCUGCCUUCUUCCUCUGGCAGCUCGUCUUCUCUCUACAGCACCUCCUCUCUGAACCGGCCAAACAGCCUGAGCGGCCUCACUUCAACCUACCGCUCCACACGUGACACUGAGAGAGAGUAUGAUAGAAAAGAAAGAGAGGACGAUAAGGACAGUGAAGACAAGUCUCAGCCACGCUCUAUACGCGACCGCAGACGACCUCGAGAGAAAAGACGCUCGACUGGAGUGUCCUUCUGGACCCAGGAUAGCGACGAGAAUGAUCCAGAGCACCCAUCAGACUCAGAUGGCAGCACUAAAGGAGAGCCUCAGAGCGACAGACUAUCCAGGAAUGACCCUCUCUCUACUAGCACUUCCUCCACUGACCGUUACGAGUCUUAUAGUAGCCGCGGCUUUGGGGAGAGUCGGCGGCCGUACUCGCGCAUCGAAAGAGACGACACCACUGAUUAUAAGAAGCUUUAUGAGCAGAUUUUAGCUGAAAACGAGAAGCUGAAAGCUCAGUUACGUGAUACAGAACUGGAGCUGUCAGACCUGAAGCUGCAGCUGGAGAAAGCCACACAGAGGCAGGAGCGCUUUGCUGAUCGGUCACAGCUGGAGAUGGAGAAAAGGGAAAGAAGAGCUCUAGAAAGGAAGAUUUCUGAUAUGGAGGAGGAACUGAAGAACCUUCCUCAGGUAAAGCAGGUGCAGUCUCUGCGCCAGUAUAACGAGCGUUUGCAGGCAGAGAACAGGGCGCUGUCCCGCGUGCUCUCCAAACUCUCGCAGGGCUGCAGCCACCUGCCCGCCGCAGACCUGUAGACCCGCCCCCACCUCCUCUUACACCCCUCCUCAUGCUCCAUUCAGCUCCGCCCACGCCCAUAUAAAGACGCUACCAGACUUGAAAGCAGACAACCAGAGACUAAAGGACGAGAACGGAGCGCUGAUCCGAGUCAUAAGCAAGCUUUCCAAAUAGAAAAGACCCUCCCCACAUCCUCCGGCAGUAACGGUAUUGCACAUCUAGAUAUUAAUACGAGACAACGGCGACAAGAAGGCUCCGUCUCCCCUUCUGUUUCUCAGUCCCCAGCUUUCCCUCGCUUCUCCGCUCCACCGAACGCCCACCUCACCACUCACACAGAACCACUGCGUUUACAGAACUAAGGAAAAGCGUUAGACGAGAGAAUGGCAUUGAACACUUUGCGGGCGGGGAAAGCCUCGAAAAACUAUUUAACCAAUAAGCCUUAGUUGUACAUACGUCAACCUGCAUCAAAUUUCUCUUGGCUGUCACAGAACACCUGAUUUUAUUUGUGCCACACUUUUUUUGUGAUCUAUCUUUCUUUUUUUGUUGUUUUAGUUUUUUUUUUUUUUUUUUUUUUUGCUCCGCUCUUUAAUCUUUCUUCCUGUAUAGAUGCGUCAUGCAAUGUGCAGCUCUCUCCUUCCAUUUCCUCUUCCUGUCCUCAUCCCCUCCACAUUGCGCUAGAAGUCCCGCCUCGUCCUCAGAGGCACUGUCUCUCAGCAGAAGACUUCCCAGCAUUCCGCGAUGUUGGCGCACACUUCCUCCUCUCUCUCGCGGCCUGAGAGAGAUGACGGACCCCUGGCUUUACCGAUUAGGUGGACCUUGUGAAAUCGAAGCUUUCACUUAUGUGCAAUAUAUGCAUUUCUUUCCUAUACAAAUGCUUUAAGAAUGAGUCUGUCACUAGUAAAUGUUCACUUCCUCACCACUUUCGUGGCUCACCCUGGUUUCCUUCCUCUCCCCCGACUUCUUUCUCUCGUUUCUUUGAGUUUGUAGUGUAGUCGUUGGUUUAUAUCCUGUACUCCUCACGUUGUUUUAGCAGGUACUGAGUGAAGUUGUAUAUACCUGUAUGUAUUGUUUGAGACCAGCACAUGGCAUGCGUUUAUGGUUCCCUGUCUGUUACUAUUGAAAUAUACCAACUCCAGAGGACAAAGUGUGUUUUAACUAUUUCCUUCUUCUUUUAUAGUCGAAAAAGUCAUUGAAUAACAAUAGAGCCGCCCCCUUCAAGGGGAAGGUUUUUUUCUUCUCAGUUUUAAGUGUUCACGUAAAAUUGUGAGAUAAUAAUAUAAUUGCUUCACUACAUUUCACACAUUUUAUUCAGUAUCUUUGGAAGAGUGCUGUUCAUUUCUUUUUUUUUCAAUUUUACUUUUAUUUUUUUCAUUUACUUUUUUUUUUUUUUUUUUUUUUAGCUGUAGUAUUAGCCAAGGUGUUGUCACUAAAAAGAUCCUAGAUAUCGCUAACCCAGUCCUUUUUACAAUGUCUACAUGCACUGUCAAUGCCAUGUCAGGAGUCUUGCUGUCUGGUUUAGCGAACUUUUGCCACCGCAUCAGAUGAAGUCCAUGCAUCGGAAACACGUUUUAUGCAUUUCAGUGGCCUUGUACUUAAAAUACUGUAGUCGGGAAAAAAAAUGUCGCUGUAGUUGGACUGUCAGCUGUCUCCUCUUUGGUUUAGGUUUUUAAUUUUUGUUUUGUUUUCUUUCCUUUUUAAAUUUCCCAUCAUCUUGUAAAAUAGAUGUGUGGCUUCAUCCGUGCAAGCUGUGCUGUGACUACCAACCACUGAGAGUUAAUUAAAAUAAACUUGUACAUUGUAAAAAUC